UCAUUUUCAGGGUGACUAGCAACUUUCCCACUCCACCAGCUGCCACUUGGGACUUGCUUUCGUUAAUAGGUCGGCUUCUUCCUAGUCACCAGGAGCCCAUCCUGAUCCUCGGGAACACAUCUUUCAGGCUCGGACUGUUGUGAACACCAAACAUUUUUUGAGGCUCUGAAGGCAUUUGUCUAACUCCACAGACAAUCUGGCUUCUCCCAGUGGCAACUACAAUGGAGCUAGAAGGCUGCAUGAAUCUUUUGAAGAAAAUGUCAGAUUUGAUUUUGAAUGAAAUUGCACAAGCCAGCUAUUCAAGUUUAUUCAAUGAUUUUGUUGAAUCUGAACUCUUCCUGAUUGAUGGGGAUUCUUUAUUCAUCACUUGCCUAAAUGAUGAAAAAUUGAAGCCAGGACAAAAUCUUCAUUUUUUCUACUUAGUUGAACGCUAUCUUUUGGAUUUGACAAGUAAAGGAGGCCAAUUUAUUGUUGUUUUCUUCAAGGAUUUUGAACACUCAUAUUUUGAAAAACCUGAGCUGCUUCCAUUAAGGACUGCAUUAAUUCUCCACCUUCAGCAAAAUACUGACAUCAAUAUUCAAACUGGAUUUUCGGGAUGUUUUUCACAAGAAUGGAAUUAUUUUUUGGAAGAAAACUGCCCAUAUUUCCUAUUAGUUUCAGAUGAAGGAAUGACUGAUCUUCAAACAUAUCUUCUCUAUUUUUAUAUCAUGCAUUCCUGGUCCAUGAGGAUUAGUAUUGCACUGUUUUCUGGGCAGGCAUUAAAUAUUCUCAGAGUUCAUGCAUACUUUAUGCUAAGCAGGCACAAGAACCAGAUUUUUUUUAAGAAGAAUAAAAAUAAAGUGGAGAGAGUUUACCAAACUCUGAUUGAACAUUUGAAAACAUCCAAUGUUGCAGCACUGAUACCAUUGUUUGGUGAAUUAAAGUGUAAUGACCUGGAAAAAGAGAUAUGCUGGAGUAUUGGCCAACUUCAGGCCUUCUGGCCCAAAGGAUCUGAUAUUCGACAUAUUCUCUGUGCCCUAUCAUGUUCCUUGUCUUUGAAAAUGUAUCACCAUUUUCUAGAAGAGAGAAAGAAGAAAGCUUCUCCAGAAGCAGACACAUCUGAGGAGAAACAUUUGGCAUCACUGGAAGAAGUUCAGGAUCUGUGCAGAAUGUAUUGCCUCAGUGUGGUUUUGCUACACCAUUUGCCUCUUUCUCAGAGAGCUUGUGGUAGAUUCAUUACUUCUUCCUGGAAAAAUUCAAUUUCUACAUUCUUGAAAAUGAAAAAGUGGUGUGAAGUUUUUGUUCUAAGGAAUUUUGAUAAUUCAGAAACAUGGAAUGUAGAUUUAACUCAUCUUUGUGAUAUAAAUGAUGACCAAUUAUGGAAGAAUAUUGCUUAUUACUAUGAAACAGAAAGCAUCCAAGGUUUACAUUUGGACUUGGGAAAAGCCAUUGAGGAAGAUUAUAAAGGCUUGUGGAUUGCUGUGUCACAUCUGGUAAGAGAGUUUCAUGUAGGACCACCAUUGCCUCUCCGAGUUACAACCCAACUUUUCCUUCAAAGCCGAUAUCCACCGAUUAAAGAAGAGUCUCAGGAAAAGAUGCUUAAUUUGGGCUUUAUUCCAGUGACCUCACCAAUAGUUAGGAACUUUGCAGGAGACAUCCUGGAUCAGGUGCCUUUUCUAAACAGUGAUGACCCAGCUGUUACUUCCCUGGUCAAGUAUAAGGAAUUUCACGAACUUGUUCACUGGCAUUCUCAUAAGCCUCUUAGUGACCAUUAUGAGAGGACGAAGUCUUUUACAUAUGGAAAAUGCCCAUAUGUUCUCAGAAAAAUACAAAAGUUACAGGCUUUUCAGCAGCAUUUUGGAAACGCUUUAGAGGGCACUACUUCCAAAACCAUUGUAACUCAAUCGGUCAGGCCAAAGAAAGAUUUUGUUGCAGCAAAGAAGAACAAGAAAUCACAUGAGAGUAAAGCUGACAUCAUUAUCAAAGAGAACCACAAUCGACUUCUUGCCAAAGAGGAGCAGAAAGAAAGUGAACGAUGGAAUACACUCUCAUCUUCUAUUGAAGGGGAAAUGAAAGAGAAUUUUCAUUCUGGGAUAAUAAAACUGGAAGAUUUUCUGAAGUCUUGUAAAAGCAACUCUGUGAAAUUUAGUGUAGAAAUGAUAGGGCUGAAUGCCUGCUUAAAUGCAUGGAGAGAACACUGCCAAGGUGAAGGGAAAGUAACAAAAGAUUUCAGUAUUGCUAUUCACAUGAUGAAAAGAAUUCAUUCCAUAAUGGAAAAAUACCAGGAAUUUUUGCAGAAGCCAGAUAAAAAGAAGAUAUCCAAGUGUCUUAAAUAUUUAGGAUUUGAUAAUUUGGCCAAAACUGUGGAUCUUACACAGGUUAUGGAAGAUGAUCAAAAGAGCAAAAAGGUCUGUUAUACUGUUGGUAUGGGACCAGCUCGCUUUCAACUACAACACAUGGGCCAUUACUUGUUCCGGGAUGAGAGAAAAGAUCCAGAUCCAAGGGUUCAGGAUUUUAUUCCAGACACAUGGCAGAGAGAGCUUCUUGAUGUUGUAGACAAUAAUGAGUCAGCUGUGAUCGUUGCUCCUACAUCAUCGGGGAAAACAUAUGCCUCCUACUACUGCAUGGAGAAAGUUCUGAGGGAGAGUGAUGAUGGGGUGAUUGUAUACGUGGCCCCUACAAAGGCCCUUGUUAACCAAGUGUCAACCACUGUCCAGAGUCGGUUCACUAAACACCUGCCUGAAGGUCAAGUUCUGUGUGGUGUUUUCACAAGGGAUUACCGCCAUUAUGCAUUGAACUGUCAGGUCCUUAUAACAGUGCCAGCCUGUUUUGAAAUCCUGUUGCUUUCCCCUAAUCGGCAGAAAUGGGCAGAAAAGAUCAGAUAUGUUAUAUUUGAUGAGGUUCAUUGUCUUGGGGGACAAAUUGGUGCAGAAAUUUGGGAACAUCUGUUGGUUAUGAUCCGAUGUCCCUUCUUAGCUCUUUCAGCAACAAUCAGCAACCCUGAGCAUCUCACUGAGUGGCUACAAUCUGUAAAAAGAUACUGGCAGGAGGAAGAAAAGAGCAUAGAAAAUUUUCAUCCUAUCCUGGAUGCUCAAGGCUCUGUCAGAGCCUCCCAAAGGCGCUUACCAGUAAAGAAAUCCUAUAGAGUCAGAUUAGUGAUUUAUGAAGAGAGAUAUAAUGAUUUAGAGAAAUAUGUGUGUUCACUACAAGAUGGUGACAUUGCCUUUGACCACUAUCAUCCAUGUGCCUCUAUGACAACAGAUCAUAUUGAGAAAUAUGGGUUUCCAUCUGACCUUGCCUUUUCUCCAAGAGAAAGCAUACAGCUAUAUGACACUAUGGUGCAAGUAUGGAAAGCUUGGCCCAAGGCUCAGGAAUUGUGUCCUGAGGAAUUUGUUUACUUUAAGAACAAAAUAAUCAUUACUAAGAUGGAUGCUAGAAAAUAUGAAGCAGCAUUAAAAGAAGAACUAUCUAAUUGGAUUAAAAAUGGCAAUGAAAAUGAGGCCAAGGAGGUGCUGAAGAUUCUUAGACCUGCUUAUCUUUCUCAGUCAGAUGAUAUGGAUCGCACAUUUCCACUUCUUGUUGAAAAGCUAAGAAAAAUGGAUAAACUGCCUGCAUUGUUUUUUAUGUUCAAUAUAAGUUUUGUAGAACAAAGGGCUCACAGAGUGUGUAAUGCUCUAGAAGAAAAGCAGGAAAGUAGACAGUCAUCCAAUACAGACAAAGAAGUCCAUGCAUUAACUCACAAGCUGAAGAAAGUGAAGAAAGCAAUGGAGAAAACACCAACUGUGCCUGAAAAUGCUUUGAAAAGAUCUUCAAGAAUGGAUCAAAGCAUAGUACGUGAAGCUGAGCACAUGAGUUUACUAAAAAUGUUGGAAAAGAAGACUGAGAUACCUCCAGACUGUACUUAUGCCAACCCCAAAAUGAUAGAUCCAGAGACUUUGCAGAUGUUGUUUGACCGAAUAAAAUCAACAAGAAAAGGUGAAGAAUUGAAAGAAUUGGCAAGGAGGGGUAUUGGAUAUCAUCAUGGUUCUCUGGAUGCCAGAGCAAGACAGUUCAUUGAAGUACUCUUCAGGAAAGGGUUUCUCAGGGUUGUGACAGCUACUAGCACACUUGCUUUAGGAAUUAACAUGCCAUGUAAAUCUGUGGUUUUUACUCAAAACUCCAUCUAUUUGGAUGCUUUGAAUUAUAGACAGAUGUCAGGACGUGCAGGAAGACGAGGUCAAGACUUUCUGGGAAAUGUGUUUUUCUAUGAUGUUCCAUUGCCAAAAAUAGAAAAGCUUAUUAAAUCCAAUGUACCAGAACUGAAAGGCCAGUUCCCCUUUGGUAUAAGCCUGGUCUUAAGGCUCAUGUUGUUGGCUUCCAGAGCAGACAAUAUCCAAGAUGCUGAAGCAAAGGUACUUUCUGUGCUCAGUCAUUCACUGUUGUCCUUCAAAAAACCCCACAUCAAGGCAAUGUUGAAACAAUACUUUUUAUUUUCAAUGCAGUUUCUUGUGAAAGAGGGAUAUUUGGACUGUGAAGGAAAUCCAAUUGGUUUUGCCGGACUUGUUUCACAUUUGUUUUAUCAAGAACCUUCUAAUCUUCUGUUCGUCAGUUUCCUCAGGAAAGGCCUAUUCCAUAAUCUAUGCCAACCAACUAAAAAAGACUCAAAACACUUUUCUGAAGAUGUGAUGGAAAAACUUAUGUUAGUAUUGGCAAAUCUGUUUGGAAGAAUCCAUGUUCCAGCAAAGCUCGUAUCUGGUAAUCUCAAGUUUUAUCAAUCCAAGGUGUUCCUUGAAGACCUCCCUACAGAUUUUGAUGCUGCCUUACUUGAGUAUAAUACAGAAGUGAUAAGAGGCUUUAGUAGCUUCCUACUUAUAGUUUCUAGAUUUGCUGAUAUGGAACAAGAACAUCAGCUCCCCUUGUCAAAAAUUGAAUUCACAGGUAAAACAUGUGACAGUUCCAAGCUUGUAUCUCACCUGAUGAGCUGCAAGGAGGGCAGAUCUGCUGUUUCACCCUUUGUGUGUCUUUCUGGAGUUACAGAUCAAGAUUUACUUCGAGUACAGAAUGUUGACAGUAUCAUUCUACGUACAAUUGUUGUUGAUUCCUCGCAGGCUCCCCUGCUUUACUCAAAGAAAUUUGACUGUCUAGGGAGAAGAAUGCCACUCAAUGCCUAUGCCCUUGAUUUCUAUAAACAUGGCUCUCUGAAAGGAUUAGAACAAGAUAACAGGAUCACUGAAGGUGAAGCUUACCAUUUGCUGAAAGAUUUUUCCCUCAUUCUUCAAUCUAUCAGUGUUUCUUUAAGGGAACUAUGUGAAGAUGAGGCUGACAAUGUGGUGUUAGCAUUUGAACAACUUAGUAACAGCUUCAGAGAAAAACUGGAAAAAGUCUAAGAAUUUCUGUCCUGGUACCCACCAGGUGAAGUUUCUUUAAGUCUCUUCUUACUUUUGUAUAAAUCCUCAUGCUUGGAUGUUGUGUUUUUUGACAGUUUGUUAGCUCAAGUUUCAAAUCUGGUUGCAUAAUACUGUAUACCUUUCAACCUACCAUUCAGGUUUUUUUUCUAAGGCAGAUUCUGUCCUAGAACUUAAGUCACUUUUUACUUAAAUUUUACUUAAUUCUUAAUGGAGAAAGGAGAGCCUCUAGCCUCUACGCCUUUAGCAUAAAGAACUGCAGUGUGGUUGAAAAUUGUCUGCAGCUUAUAGACUUAAAACACUGCCUGGAACACUGAGAGGUAAUGACCUCUGCCACACAGCUUGUUUGUGUUAGAGGCAAGGCUUAAAGCCAACUUGACUCCAAAAUUGACUCACUAACCAUUGUACCAUAUUGACUCUCAAUUUACUCAUACUGCCAAGGAAUAAUUCAAAGGAGCUCCUGUAAGCACUCUGGGAAUUAAAAUAUUGAUUGGGCUUUGAGUAGCUUACAAUAGAUGUGAAAGGUUUGCUCCAAAUAGCCAAAAUUUUCUGGCACAUGAUGAUGAUGACGAUGAUGAGAACACAUUAGUUUAGUGCUUAUAAGGUUUAUAAAGUCAUUUCCUUCAGACAAAAUUCCAUACAAACCCAUAUAAAAUGAUGAUAUUUUGGGGAUGAGAAAAUUGAAGGAAACUAGUGGCCCCAGGACAGGCUACAUUUUAUUUGCAUGAAAUAAUGCUUUCCCAAUGUUAAAUCAAAAUGUUGACUUCAUUACCGAGAAUGGUGUUGUAAAAAUAGUUUAGUGUCUGUCUGUCUCUCUCUCUCUCUCUCUCUCUC